AUCAGAUUCUCAUGUGUGUUCCCUCUAGUUAGAAAGUUUCAUAAAUCAUAACUGGGUUACUUCUCAAAGGAACAAGAAAAGCUAUUCAAACCGCUCAUGGAAGAACAGUUUUUGAAGAGUGGUGGUCAGGAAAUGUCCCUGAACACACAAAGAUGCACAUAAAAAAAGUCCAAAAUAAAUGAUUCCUCGUGUUAUCUUUAACUGGUGUUUGUCUGUUAAUUUCUUUUCCGUGCUGGCCCAUUUUCUUUUGAGGCUCAAUGGAAGAAGCUGAAUUGUAUGGGGUACUCAAUGCUGAGACAGUUCUGCUUUUCUUAAGGCUUAAAACAAUCCAAGAAGAAAAGGAAAAAAAACAUUUUUAAUUUCCUGAGUCUGCGUGGGUGAUCUGCUCCCUAGGGGCACUGGACCAUCUUUGGGAAAGCCAACCUUUGGGAACCAGCCUUUGGGAAAAACAACCUGGGUGUUUGGGAAGACUGUAGGUUGCAGUUCUGAGGAAUAGCGAGGGGGAGGUUUGUUUAUCUGCGCAUUGCCCAAGGAGUGUAUUAUGCCAGUGGUAUGCAUAAAUUUGCUUUGCAAAUUGUACACUUCUCAUAAUCUGUUGCAAUUUCAUGUCUGUUCAGGGGUUUUAUGUGGUAAGGUUUUUUUUGUUUUAUGGUUUUUACAAGUUGAAUGCAACUGGUGUGGUUGCCUGUGUAGUAUUUACAAUGCUUUCCUGCCACAGAUGUUUGAGAUGGGAUAAGACUGGGAAAAAAGAGGAGAUGGGCAGCUUACCAACUAGAAGAGUGAUAACCAUAUUCUUGAUGUUCUGGGAGGGUUGCCUUUAUGUCAUUUCAGAUGUGCUUUUGCUAAGGGGAGUUGUCAAGGCAGCCUGAAGAUUGCAUGCAGAAGGAAUACUCUGUGUAGUUGGAAGAGCCAGUUGCUUUUUUCUGGCCAUUAUGCUUUCAAGGAAUGGAACUGCAACAACUGAGAAAGAAAGAAUUACAACCCAUUAGUCAAGAGGCCUGAAUUAACAAAUUUGAUUUUCCAUUAAAGUACAAACUAAUUUACCUCCUCAGAGCAUCAGAAAGAUGUCAAAAUAUGAUUUUCUGGAAGCUAAAGAAAAUCUUCACCACAUGACCCACAUCUGGUUGUAUGUUCAACAAGAGGACAUUACAACAUCAGAUUAUAUUCUCUCUUAUACUUUACAGCGUGCAUAAAUGCUGAUAAAUUUUUCAGCGGAAAACAGAUGUGCCACUUCAAAUGCAGUAACAUGCACAAAGUGUCUUGCUUUGGGCCCUGAGUGUGGAUGGUGUGCUCAAGAGGAUUUCAUGGCUGGCACAACACAGAAGGGACGCUGUGACAUUGUUUUCAACUUAAUGAAAAGAGGCUGCCGAUCAGAUUUGGUUGAAAACCCCACAGUUCAUGUCACAAUACCCAGCGACCAUGAAACAAAUACACAAGUGACACCAGGAAAAGUUUCAGUCCAGCUGCGUCCAGGAAGUGAAGCAAACUUUAUGUUAAAAGUUCGUCCUCUAGAGAAAUACCCUGUGGAUCUUUAUUAUUUAGUUGAUGUCUCAGCCUCCAUGCACAACAAUAUAGAAAAGUUAAAUUCUGUUGGAUUUGCUUUAUCUAAAAAGAUGGCAAAUAUUUCUCUUGAUUUUCGACUUGGAUUUGGAUCCUAUGUGGAUAAAACUGUGUCACCUUAUAUUAGCAUUCAUCCAGGUAGAAUCCAUAACCAAUGCAGUGAUUACAAUUUAGAUUGUAUGCCUCCUCACGGUUAUAUUCAUGUACUAUCCCUGACUGACAAUAUAGCAGAAUUCAGAAAUGCAGUGAAUAAACAAAAAAUUUCUGGGAAUAUUGAUACACCUGAAGGGGGUUUUGAUGCAAUGCUCCAAGCAGCUGUAUGCCAGAGCCAUAUUGGAUGGCGUAAAGAAGCAAAGCGACUGCUUCUUGUGAUGACAGAUCAAACUUCCCAUCUGGCCCUUGAUAGUAAAUUAGCAGGAAUUGUAAUUCCUCAUGAUGGAAACUGUCAUUUGAAAGAUAAUGUGUACAUCAAAGCUACGAGUAUGGAGCAUCCGUCUCUUGGGCAGCUCUCUGAAAAAUUGAUUGACAAUAACAUCAAUGUUAUUUUUGCAGUUCAAGGAAGCCAGUUUCAUUGGUAUAAAGAUCUGUUACCUCUGUUGCCUGGUACUGUUGCAAGACAAAUAGAAUCACAAGCAGCAAAUCUCAAUGAUUUGGUGGUAGAAGCCUAUCAGAAACUAAUCUCUGAAGUGAAACUUCAAGUGGAUAACCAAAUCCAAGGUCUUAAUUUCAAUAUCACUGCAAUCUGUCCUGAUGGAAGUGAAAAAACAGCCAUGGAAGGAUGUAAAAAUGUGGGAUAUAAUAAAGAAGUACUUUUCAAUGUAUCAGUUACAAUGAAAGGAUGUCAUACAACUGGAGGGAGAAAAUAUGCCAUACUUAAACCUAUUGGUUUCAAUGAAACCGCUAUUGUUAAUGUGCAGCGAAGCUGUGCCUGCCAAUAUGGAGACAGUACAAACCACAAAAGAGUAUGGGCUGAUGAAACUUCUGAUAGCAAACAGUCCCAUUGCAGUGACAAUAACUGUAGCUCUAACAGAGAAGACACGCUUCCUUCAGAGAGGUGCAGGCAACACGAGGACCAUCCUAUCUGCAGUGGUCAAGGAAAUUGCAUAGAUGGAAAAUGUUUCUGCUACAAAAACAAGCUAGGCAAGGUGUAUGGCAAGUACUGUGAAAUGGAUGACUUUUCCUGCCCAUAUCACCAGGGAAACUUAUGUUCUGGUAAUGGUGAAUGUGAAGGUGGUAAAUGCAAAUGCUAUGCUGGCUGGGAAGGUGAUCGUUGUGAGUGCUCAUCACAAUCAGCAAAGCGCUGCCUGAAUUCAAAGGGCCAGAUUUGCAGUGGAAGAGGAAAAUGCGUAUGUGGAAAGUGUGAGUGCACAGAUCCAAGAAGCUUUGGCCGUUUGUGUGAAUAUUGCCCUACUUGUAACAAAGCCUGUGAAGAAAACUGGAACUGUGUUCACUGCCAUCAUUCUAACAAUACAUCUCAAGCAAUACUUGACCAGUGCACAACCUCAUGCGCUUACCUACUGCAUUAUGUUGACCAUACUUCAGAAUGUUUCUCUGGACGAAGCUACUUUAGAGUCUUUUCCAUAAUCUUUAUAGUUACCUUUCUGAUCGGGUUGCUUGUUGUCCUUAUCAUCAGGCAGAUCAUUCUGCAGGGGAGUAGCAAUAAAGUUAAGUCUUCAUCUGAUUACAGAGUAUCUGCAACAAAGAAGGAUAAGAUGUUUUUGCCUACAGUUUGCACAAGAACAGUAACAUACAGACGUGACAAACCAGAGGAAAUAAAUAUCGACAUCAGCAAGUUGCGAUUAAACGAAACUUUCAAGUGUGAAUUCUGAAGACUGUGUGUUUUCUGCAAAUUCUAUUGCCAUCAUGAUUGACUUUCAAAAAGUUACCUUUUCUACUCUGGGGGAAUCUUGACUGUUGCCAUAUGGGUUUGUUUUGUGCAUUUUGUUGAAUACUGUAACUAAGUGAUCUGUAAAUGGACUCACGUUAUGUGAUUAUGUUUGAAACUAUAGCUGCUGUAUUUUUUUAGGUUUUUUUGAAAGAGAAAUGUGCGUUACUACUGUUCAGAAACAUUAGUGUUGAUGUAGCACUUUAGCAUAUUCUAAUUUAUUUAGUUAUGGCCUAGAAUGUAGAUAUGAACUGAUCUGACAAAGCACUGAUCUCACUCUACAUGUAGCUAGUACUGAUGUGCUCUGUGGGAAUGGACAAAAGCUGUGACUGAAAUAUUAAUAUUGCUGUAUAUUAUAGCAAUAGAUGAAACUAUUAAAAUGCUCUUAAAUAGAGUAAAUGGUACUUUUAUAGUUCUCUCAGUUGAUAAAUUCCACCGAUUUGUCUGCUUUAGUGUCUUAGCUUUUCCUCAUAAAAAUGACUGGAUUAAAUAAGUAUAUAGUUACUGGUGUGGGUCUGUAGUUGUAUGUGUAUACACACAUGAUGCACACACAGGUAAAUUAUAUAUAUAGUUUUUUAUAUGGAUGAUGUCACUUAAAGAUAAUUUAUAUCUGAUAAAGAGUAAUUUUUAGCUUUUUUACUUGUUUAAACAUAAAAAACCCUUUUGUACAAAAUUUAAGGUAUUUGAAAACUGAGUGGCUACAGAAAAUGAGAAUUUCUCUGUCCAACAGCAUAGUCUACAUGAUGAUCAGUGUUGACUGACUUUACCUUUGGAGUCAGCAGCAUGAACCCUGUUGCAAGUAGAUGAAUUACACGAGAGCUGUGUUUGGUUUGCUAGCUACAUGUCAGUGUUUUGCCAAAUAAAGGCUUUGAUCUUUUUGUAUGAUGUCAGGUAUGUCUGAUUUUACACUUGCUCUUUUUCUUUAUGUAAAUUAGUUGAUGGGAUCGGGUUUUGUGACUGAUUUUUGUGACUGUGCCUUGAGAAAUGUGUCCAGUGUGAUGUGGAAAAGAACCUGCAAUUUAGAAGGUGAGGAAAAUAUGAGUCUUUUUCUCAAGGGAACACAUAAAUUGACUUCAUACAUAUGGGAUCAAAUUCUGCCUUCAGAAAUGGGCAAAGCUCUUCUAAAUAUGGUGGGACCAAUAUAAGCUUAUCUGAGAGAAGAAUGUGAGCUACAAGGUCACACAGAAGCAUUUUUUUUUACCCCUGAAACUGACUGUAAUGGUAGAAGACCAUUGUGUUAUAUGCUAGUUGGAAGUGUCAGUCUGAUUACUAACCCUAUGCUGCCAAAACCCCACAGAAGUCUGUUCAACCUCUAAUGCUUUAAAAUCUUGCUGGCAAAAAGAAAAAUCAUCUCAGAAGACAGCUUAUCAUUUUAGCAACAUUUAUUGCUAAUAUGAAAUAUUGGUCUGUAUUUGUCGUGGAGAAGAGUUACAGAAAAAAAGCAGGAUCUCCUUAUGUGCAGUUUUUUAGACAUUAGUACAUAUUUCCUAUUCCGUAUUUCUUCUGUAAAUUCCCACUGGAAUCUGAGGAGUAUGCGUGUGAAAAGAAGGCAGGAUGCAGAACAAGUGAUAAGUGUUAUGUGAGUGUUCAGUUUCUUGAGUAAUUGAUCAAGUGGGAUUGAGAAAAACAAUAUAAAGAUGUUGGCCUUUUCAUUAGUCAUAAAAGCUCUAGACCUUAGGGAUUGGGUGUUUUUUUGAAACCUGUAAACUGGACUAUUAAAUGUUUCUAAAGCAGUCUCCAAAGUAGGCCCUGAGCUUUCUACCAUAAAGGUAAAAGUUUAAAGAAAAGAGUAUUUCCUUACACUGACCCUGACUUUUAGUGACAGCUUAAUUGUAGAAUUUUAGUUAUAGAUUAAUUCUGUAAUCUAUCAAGUAUACCUUAAACUUUCGUUUUCUUUUAAAACAUGUAGGACCAUUUUCCUUCUGUGUAAAUUAGCAGAUUCCAAAAAAUUGGUUUCAGUGGGAUAAAGAUAAAAGAUUGAUAAAGGUUUACCUGCUAUUACCUUUAUCACAAUUCAUGACUAUUUGUGAGUAGCAAACAGUCUCUGGUUGUCUCUUUCACUUAACAAAACAAAAAAAAUUCAAUGCUCACUGAUAUUUUCCCACCAUAAUGCUUUAAAGCAUUUAUUAAAGCAUUUACUGAAGUGACAACUUUUUUUUUUAGGAAUUACUUUUCACUGAGGGAGUUAAAUUGUGUGGGUAGGGGACAACGGAGCUGAGUUCUCAAUGGAAGAAAAUUUGAGCUGUAACACCCAUCUUCCAGACACAUCACACUGCUACUGCUUUUCUUCUGUAGCACUUGGUUGGCAUUGUGGUGCUGCCUGUGAGGGGGCACGGCCAGUAUUUCCUUAUCAGACACCUGCCUGAAUGUUUAAAAUGCUCUGGUCAAAUAGAGCAGGCUCACGGGACCAAUUGCACCGUAAGCAGCUUGCUGUCCUGAGAUUAAAAAAUGUACAUUAAAAAAAAAGAGCUUUUUAAGAAAAAAAAAAAAAAGGAAGAAGAAUAAAAAGCUGUUUUGCAUCUCCCUCAUGGUUUUACUGUAUUGUGGAGGAGGCUGGUGAAAGAGAAUAAGCUGCUGCUAAUGUGACAGGUCAAGGCUUUUAGAAGGCCCGUGGGGAGCUUAUACAGAGCAGGAUUCUUGGGAGGAGGCUUUGUUUCUAGGGAUGGAAUCUAUCCAUGAGAAACUCUGGCUUUGCUUGGUACUUGUUUCCCUCUGCCUUUGACCAUGUUUUUCAGAAGAGCUGCUGCAGGAGAUGAAUAGCUCAACAAAAGCCUCACUAUUUAGGGAGUUGUGUUCCCUCAGCACAUGACCUUAAAUGAGAAAGCAGCCUGUAAUUCACAAGGAAUUUCUUCAGUGAUUGCAGAAGGACUCUGCUUCCUAUAGUGCUUAAUAUGGGAGAUAUUAAAGACAAAUUAGUUCACAUUAGUUUUCAAUGUAUUGUGUGUCAAAGAUGCUCAUAAAAAUAGGGGGGAAGUAUCUAACCUCAGAAUAGAACAUUCCAAACUACUCAAAUAAAAUUUCUUAUACUAGGCUCCUUCAAAAAAACUGAAAGGAAGUCAAAUAAUUCUACUGCGUGCCUAUAUCCAAAUAUGUACCAGCAGAUACUGUUGCAUCUCAUCAUUUGUUUUGGGAAUUGUUUUUAGAUUUGCUCCCAGAGCAUGCGCGUGACUUUUUACACCAUAAAUGUUAACGUUAAAAUACAUAUGUAUAAUUUUCAAA